UCAACCCAAGGCUGCUCCUCAGAGCCAGCAUUGCAUGAUAAUAUAAAUAUCAUGUCUUUUUUUAUGUUUAACAUUAUUGUUAUACGUUCCUACCUAAUUAUUUAGAGGGCAACAUGCCUCGCUUUAAGACACUGUGCUGCCAGCUGGACAUGUUAAAAUAGAUUUUUAACUUGUCGAUCAGGCCCAUCUUGAAGGACCAUUCAGGCAGGUGGUCUCCCAGUGCUAAGUUCUCGAUAUAAAAGCAUACAAUAAAAAGCUGCCAGCUGCGUGUCAGUGUGAUCGACCCAAGUUGUCAGUAAGUGUCCUCCCAGAACAGAGAAAGAGGGGGAUUCCCCAAGAGUCCAGACCCCUUCCUGCUUAUUACAGAACCCGUUUCCUGGUCAGAUUAGAAAAAUCCCCCCAAUUAGUUGAAUAGUUUCACUAAAAGAAGGAGGGUUUGGAACCUGUUGGGCGAUGGGUAUCCCGGUAUGAAAAAUAUAUAAAGAGGAUGAAACCACGGCAGAUACACAGCUCAGUGACAGAACACUGUGAUACACAGCAACCUACUGAACAACACCAUGCUCUCAGCACUCAAGUUUCAGAGAACUCCAAGGCACUUUUCCUGCCUGCGACUUCUACAUAAAUCUGCAGUUGAAGUGCAGGAAAGGCCUGCCCCAGAGGAGACAGUCACCAGCAGUUUUGGAGGGUUCAUCCACUCUGUGCACCCGGGCCAGCUGUCAGACACUGUGCUGCACCGCAGUAAGAGGAUGAUCCUGGACAGCAUCGGGGUGGGGCUGCUGGGAAGCACCCCCCACGUCUUCCAGCUGGCUCUGCAGCACUGCCAGCAAAUGUAUGCUCCAGAUUACAUCAGUUCAGUCUUUGGUCGAUGGCACACAAGACUUUCUCCGAGUCUGGCAGCCUUUGUCAAUGGAGUAGCGGUCCAUUCAAUGGACUUCGAUGAUACCUGGCACCCAGCCACUCACCCCUCAGGGGCGGUCCUUCCUGCCCUGCUCGCUAUUGCUCAGAUGUUGCCUGGCAACGCCAAGCCCAGUGGGAUGGACCUCCUGUUAGCCUUCAACGUGGGCAUUGAGAUUCAGGGCCGGCUCAUGAGGUUCUCCAACGAAGCCCAAAACAUCCCCAACAGGUUCCAUCCCCCGACUGUGGUGGGCCCUCUGGGUAGUGCUGCUGCCUGCUCCCGUCUGCUCUCCCUGGAUCGCUCGCAGUGCUCAAACGCCCUGGCGAUUGCUGCCUCCCUAGCAGGGGCUCCCAUGGCCAACGCUGCCACUCAAUCCAAACCUCUUCAUAUCGGGAACGCAGCCCGACUCGGCAUGGAGGCGGCACUGCUGGCUUCCCGGGGCCUGGAGGCCAGCACGCUGAUCCUGGACUCGACCCCAGGCUGCGCUGGCUUUAGUGCCUUCUACAACGACUACCUGCCACAGGUACUGCCCUCCCCAGAGGAACAGGAUCCCCGCUUCCUGCUGGAGGACCAGGACAUAGCCUUCAAGCGCUUCCCUGCACACCUGGGCAUGCACUGGGUGGCAGACGCAGCGUGCUCAGCGCGGGAGCUUUUGGUCAACACCGUAGGGGGGUUCCACCCCUCUAUGAUCCAGAGCAUCCUACUGAGAAUCCCCCUCUCCAAAUAUAUCAACCGUCCCUUCCCUGAAUCCGAGCACCAGGCCAGACACUCCUUCCAGUUCAACGCCUGCACUGCUCUGCUGGACGGCGAGGUCAGUGUCCAGUCGUUCAGCCCAGCGUUCCUGGACCGCCCCGAGCUGAUCAGCCUCCUGAGCAGAGUACGGGUCGAGCACCCCCAGGACAACCCUGCCAAUUUCAAUAAGAUGUACGCAGAGGUGCUGCUGACCCUCACAACAGGCAAUGUCUUGAAGGGUCGUUGCGACACCUUUUAUGGACACUGGAGGAAGCCACUGAGUCGUGACAGUCUGCUGAAAAAGUUCCGGGCAAAUGCUGGGGCAGUCCUGCCAGGAGAGAGGGUGGAGGCCAUCAUUGAUGCCGUGGAGAACAUAGAAGACAUGCAGGACUGCUCCCACCUCACCAUGCACCUGGAGUGAAGGGCUUCAUGACAUCCUUUGAUGACGUACACUAGAAGAAAACAAUUUGAAGGCACUGGGGAAAAGAUCUUUAUGCCAUUUGUGUUUUGUUUU